GGAACAUUUGGGCUAUUAUAGUAUGCUCAAUUUAAAACCGUCUUUAUGAGAUCGCGUUUGAAUUUUUUUAGUUACGAAAGUUGACUAGUUUGGAUAGCUUAUACUGGAAGAUACUAAGGAGGACAUUUAGUUAUUUGGGUUUAUGAAAUGAGUGCAAAAUGGAAAAAUCAUGGACACGUAUGGAUUAUGAGUACCAUGAUAAAUCAGUAAGUCAGAUCACCUUGGAGACGCGUUCCAAUGCUGUGAUGGCACACAUUGCUCAAGAUGGGGUUAAAGAAAAGAUCUCAGCUGUUAGAGAGAUUGUUCCAGGUUACAGUAACAAUGCCAUAACACUGGUUCUCCAGUACUACGAUUAUAGUGUACAAGAAGCAAUCCAAGCAUUUCUAGAAGAUGGGGCCAAGCAAGCAUUAACAGAAUGGCAUUUUCAGGGAAACAAAAUAAAUACCAAGAAGAAAAAGAAGAAUAAGGCGAAAAAAUCUGACCAAUCAGGUGACAGUACUGCUCAGGCUUCAACCAAUGGGGACCAAGGACAAAGCGCAACUGCUCAGACCGUACCGGGGCCAUCAACUAUAACAGAGUCUUCUAUAGGCAAUAAUAGCACAGUUUUGAAUGGUCAUGACCCUGCCCUAGAGAGUGACGGGGUCAAGGGUCGACCAGGACUGGCAUCCAAUCAACUCUCAGGAAAUGACUCGACUAAGCAUGUAGCAGCAACUAGAACAAAACCAGAACCAAUCAGAACAAACCAAGAUUCCACUAAAACAAAACCAGAAGUGGCCAAAUCUAAAGCUAACCUUGUGGCAACCCAAAAGACACAAGGAGAACAAUCAAGUCAGCAAUCUGUGCGACCCAAGGCCCUUCCUGUGUCUAGUAUCCCUGAUGUGCCAGUCCAGAGAGAGAGAAUCGGGAGUUCAGUGAGCACCACAAGUACAUUGUCCACUAGUUCUGCUGGUAGAGUGAGACGCCCACAUGCAGGUCUAGAAAAAUCUAUGAAAGACUUACAGCGACAGACCAUAUCUCUGCUGCGUUUCCGCAAUCUACUUAACGAGGAAGUUGAACGAUCAUUCAAACGCAUCAAAACUGUGCACGAAGAGCUACACAAAUGCCUUAAAGAGCGAGAAGCUGAACUGGUCCAAGGAAUGGAAAAUGUCAAAUCACAGGCCACAACUAUACUGAAUGAGAGACAAGAAAGAGCUGCUGAGCUAAAGGUUCGCACAGAUAGAGCCCCCAGUAUGUCAGAACAAGAACUGGCUGAAUUGAGGGCUGAUAUUAAGCAUUUUGUAACUGACAGGAAGAUUGAUGAGGAGGUUGGUAGAACUACCAGGUUUCUCUAUGAUACAGAUCACCUAUGUACAGAAAUCAGAUCAUUUGGAGAGAUUGCACCAGUGCGUUCAGCUUAUAGUACAAGGCGACCAUCAGUGACAUCUAUAUGUAGCUCUGUAAGUCAUGAUGAGCUUAUGUCGCCCCUCACCCCUCUUACACCCCACACUCCAGUCUUCGACUCCCUCACAUCAUCCUUGAACACCAAGACAACAGCAGAUCAGAACAACCUUUCUGUUCUGGACAGUGGAGCUAUGGCUAUCAAGAAGGCAAUGGAGAUGGAACAUAAUGCCAAGACAGAUACUAUCUCUGUGAAGGAAGUGGUGGAGCUGCAGGAAAGGCUCAACAAUUCACUCAAACUUCAGGGUCUCCCUGUGAAGUCUCCCCCUAGUCGUAAACCCAGAGUACAGCCAGUAGAGACAAAGCCAAAUGAACGCCAAGAAAACACAGGAGAUAAACAGAAAACUAGGAGUGCUAAGAGACGAGAACUCCAGCGAAAGAAACGACUUGAACUCAAAUCAGAGAGUGAAAAAAGUGAGAGUGGUAAAGAGCAAAGCUCAUCUAAAUCAAGUAGCGAGAGCCCAAAUCGCAACACCCCUAACCGUAGAUCAAAAUCCCCAGGGAAAAGAUCUCAAAGUCAGAAAUCAGGGCCACAAGGUGAAAAGGCAGGAUCACAAGGUGAUGGGGCUUCUCGUGAAGAAAAGGCGAAACAAGACAGACAAAAUCGGGAGUAUAAAGAGGGAUCUGAGAGAGUUAAUAAACCGCGUCCCAGAUCAAGGUCCAAACAAAACCCCAAAGAUACCAGAUCAGGUCUGAAAGCCGAGUCCAAAGAAGAGUCAGGUCCUGAAUCAGGUACCAAAGUAACUACUAGUGAUAAGUCUCAGUCUGAUAAACCAGCUACCCCUAAAGCUGGCUCAACCAACAACAUUAAGCAGGAAACUAAUUCAGCAAAUAAGGAGCCUAGUAAUAAAAAUGACAAACAUAAUAGUUCAACUCAGAAGUCCUCCAAUGAGUCCAAAAUUCAAAAAAAUACAAAACAGGAUUCACCAAAUAAUAGUAGAGGCCAAAAUCGCCGACCUAGAAGCCCGAAUAAGUCUAGUGCGCGUAAAGAAAAUAUGAAAGAAAGCAAACUUUCUAACCAUGAAGCUGAUUCGACCAAUGCUGAGAAAAUUGGCAAGACAUCUCCCCAGGAAAACGGCCCAUUAAAGCCCAAAGUUCAAAUGAACAACAUAAAGGAUAGUGGUGAUUAUACCACAUCUAAUGAAACUCAUGACAAAGAUAAAACAAUUGAAAAUAGUCCAAAAAGUAACAGUCCUAAGAAAAAAGUGAAAUCUGAAGUUAUAUCAAUUUUGGAUGCUCCUGUUGUAAAUGGCGAUCACCCAGGCAAUAUUGACGAGAAUAUGAACAAUGAUAAGAUUGAUCCAUUACCACAGCGUAAACCCCGUAGCUCUCGUACAGAGAGAAAGAAAGAUGAUAGCUUAGAUAAAACAGGAGAAAGCAGCCUACUUGUAAAUGGUGAUCUAAACGGAGUUCAUAUAGAGGUUGAAGAUUAGGUUGAGCAAUGGAUAUGGAUGGAUGUUUCAGUAAGAUUGACACGUGAGAGUUUAUAGGAGUAUAUUAAAUGAAUCAAUGCUUGCAGUAAGACCUCAACCUGAAUAUUCCAACACUGUGAUUGCAUUUAAAACAGUCUUAGCUUUAAAAAUAUAUGGCUAAUGACCCACUGAUUGGUAUUAUAACAACCAAUCCCGCCAUAAAAUUUUGAAGCUGGUAUUAGAGGCCAUAAAGUAUAUUUCAUGAAAAUUUGAUAAUGGCUUGCAAUUGCUAAAUUUAUCCAAUUUUCAUAAAAUAUGAAUUAAUUCCAUGUAGCAGUGCUUAUAUUGGAUAAUCUGAUAGUAUCUAGGUCAGUAAUAGCUAGGUCAGUAAGAUGAACCAAGGCUGUACCAUAAUAAUAUCAUUGAUAUUUAAGUAUCUUAAUAGACAAUUGAACGCAAGCUACAUAACUGUUCACAGAAGACAAAACCAAAGAAAAAGUGCUGAUCAUUUCUGUGUAUGGUGUUAUGAUAACAUAUGUACAUAUCUUUUAAAUUAAAACCCAAUCUUCUGCAAUGUCCUUCAUGUUCAGGUAAUCUGACGUUUGGAGGGCAUUUGGAGGGCUUUUUGAGACCCCCCCUAAUAUAAAGUACAACAGUCUGA